AUGCUCUAUGAGGAGCAGCUCGUUGUCACAUCCCAGAACCCGGGCUACGCCUUGACCAAGAACUCAGCCGAGCUUCCUGGAAACUUUGCGGUCUGGGCGGCAAGCAAGGAGGCGAGAUUCUUGCAUGGGCGCUUUGUGUGGGCUUCGUGGGAUGUCGACGAACUGGCGACUGGGGAGUUGCGGAAGCGGAUUGACGAGAAUGUCGACUUUCUCAGGAUUGGUGUCGUUGGACUACGAGGAGCACGAAAGGACUGA